UAUAUAUAUUCAUCCAUUUGUUCAUUAUCUUCUUAUUAUAAUAACCUUACUUCUCUCAUCAUCACACUUCACAACACUUUAUUUAUUUAUUUGGGAUUUGGUGUUCAAGAAUUGUGAGUAAUGGGAAAUAUCCCUACUUUGCCUAUUGAUGCCACUUUCAAGUUUCCAUCCCCAUUACCCACUUGGCCAUCAGGUGGUGGUUUUGGAAGUGGAUAUAUUGAUCUAGGUGGACUACAAGUGUGCCAAAUUUCAAAUUUCAAGAAAAUAUGGACGACUUAUGAAGGAGGGCCUAACAAUGUUGGGGCAACCAUUUUUGAGCCUUCUUUAAUCCCAGAUGGAUUUUCCAUGCUCGGUUCUUAUGCCCAACCCAACAAUCAACCCCUCUUCGGUUGGGUUCUCGUCGGAAAAGACAACAACAAUGGUGAAAUCCUAAAGCCCCCAACGGAUUACACUCUUGUUUGGAGCAGUGAGUCUUUGCCCAUCACCCAAUCCGCCCAUGCCUACAUUUGGUCACCAGUUCCGCCGCCGGGUUACGCCGCCGUUGGCCACGUCGUCACCACCUCGCCGGAAAAACCCUCCGGGGAAAGAAUCCGGUGCGUGUUCUCCGGGUUCACUGAUCAGUGUGAGGUUGAAGAUUGGGUGUGGGGACAAGGCAAAUCAAGUGACUCAAAUGGUUUUAAUCUCUAUACUAUAAGGCCUAGCAAUAGAGGCACAGAGGCAAAAGGCGUAAAUAUAGGAGCAUUUGUUGGGAGUUUCGGAGAAAAUAACGUAGGAACAUUCGCGUGUCUGAAAAACAACAGCCUCAUAUCCUCGUAUUCCAUGCCAAACCUUAGCCAAAUCGAAGCGUUGUUUAGGGAAUAUUCUCCGGUUCUAUACCUCCACCCUCUAGAAACCUACCAUCCCUCCUCCGUAAACUGGUUUUUCUCCAAUGGUGCGUUAUUGUACACUAAAGGACAAGAGACUAAUCCUGUUCGUAUCGAGCCUGGUGGGUCCAACCUCCCCCAGGGCGGGUCAAAUGACGGUCUGUACUGGAUAAACCUUCCGGUCGACAGCAAUGAAAAGGAGAGGGUUAAGAAAGGAGACUUACAAAGCUCAGAGGUUUACUUAAACAUAAAACCCAUGUUUGGUGGGACUUUCACGGAUAUAGCCAUAUGGAUAUUCUACCCUUUCAACGGCCCAAGCACGGCCAAACUGGGGCAAAUAGAGAUAAUCCCACUGGGAAUCAUAGGCGAACACGUGGGAGAUUGGGAGCAUUUGACUCUCAGAAUAAGCAACUUCAAUGGGGUUUUAAACAAACUCUACUUGUCGGAGCACAGUGGAGGGUCAUGGGUGAAUUCCCCCAAUCUGGAGUUCUUCAACGGGACCAACAAGCCCGUGGCGUACUCUUCCCUGAAUGGGCACGCGAAUUACCCAAAACCCGGGCUGGUUUUGCAGGGGAUUGGGGAUUUUAUUGGUAUCAGGAACGACACGGCCAAGAGCGCGGCGGUUUUGGACACCGGGCUGAGAUUCUCCGUCGUAGUGGAGGCGGCGUGGGUGAUGUAUUGCAGGGAGUGGGGGCCUAAGAUUACGUAUAUAAGUGGGGAGGAUAUCAAGAGAGUAGAGAGCUUAUUGCCAGUGGAGUGGAGAGGUGUAUUUGAGGCAUUGAUCAAUCUUUUACCAAAUGAGUUUUUUGGGGAAGAAGGGCCUACUGGCCCCAACAUGAAAGCUAGUUGGAGUGGGGAUGAGAAGUGAGGAUCAGUGAAGUGAAAGAAAAAAAAAAUAUGUGGCUCACUUUUUCUGGGUUGAAUUAUGGAGUGUGCUAUAUAUAUAAGUUAAAGACAAUAAAAAAAAAAAAAAA